UAAAAGCAACCUUGUUGAGCCAUGAGUACGAAUAACGAGAUCAAAGAUUUUGAUGAAACAGCAGUCGAAAAUAAAUUGGAUUAUAGAAAUAUUGGAGAUUCUCAACAUCAACUCACAGGCCUAGGUGAAAAUACAAAUUCGCCCCUCGAAAUAAAUACAUUUGACUCAAAUUUUGAGCCUGCAGUUAAUGUCGUUGAUGAGAAAACGACAGAAAACAAUGACACCUCUACAAGUAACGAAAUUGAAGCUAAUGAAAUUACACAAGCAGAAUCAGAUAAUCGAACAUUUAAUAAAAUCGAUUCACCUGCAAAUAUAAAUAAUAUCGAAAAUAAUACACAACUAGAUUUACUAGAUGAGAAUAUUACUAGUACUAGUAGUAGUACUGCUAAUAAUACUAUUAUUAAUACAGGCAAUCCACACACUCAUUUAAGACAAGUUUCAUCCACUAGGUUAAAAAAGUCCAGAAAAAGCAUUUUCAUCUCAUAUUCUCCUGAUGCCUGCUACUUGGAAAAAAGGUUUAUUGCAGAAACUGUUCAGCAGUUAAAAGAAAACAAUUUAUCGGAUGACAUUUGGUUUGAUAAAGAUGAAAGAAAUACCAAUAACCCAUGUUGGUUUUCCCUGUGCCUUGAAGCAGCGGAGAAAUGUAAAGCUGCUUUAUUGUUUCUUUCAGAGAGUUAUUUUUCUUGUCCAGUUUCCUUGUAUGAAGGGAAAAUUUUGCUAGAUAGAUAUCAUUCCGUAAGCAAUUCAGUGAAAAUAUUUUCAGUUCUAGUUAGCAAACCAGCAGAACAUUUCAAUGUGCCUGAACAGUUUUCAGCAUUUAUUGAUUCUGCAGUUGACUUAACAGCAGAGCAUGCGCACAAAAGUUCUGCAGAAAAAACAUCAGUUGUAGUUGGUGCGUUAAUGGAAGAGUUGGAAAAGUUGGCUGUUGUGAGGUCAUCACCUCAACCUCUGGCUGCUCCUGAUGCUGUUUUUACAGAGGAAUUUAAAAAACAAAAAAUCUGCCAGUGGUCUGCUAGUGAUCUUCAAGAGUGGUUAUUCAGUCUUGGAAUCAAAGAAUUCUACAGGCAGAGCUUAGCAGAGGCAUCAAUAGAUGGGUUUCUUUUAAUGUCAUUGACAGACCACGAUUUGAGCACACAUCUUGGUAUCGACAAUCGAGUUGUGAGGAAAAAAAUAAUGCAAAGCAUAUUAAAUAUUUUAAACAAUGAGAACAAACUGCCUGAAAAUUGGCACUUGAGAGCAAGAGUUCAAAAAUCAAAAUCUGAUCUUACAUACUUGAUAUAUGAUCCAGCAGAUGUCCGGUUAGCUCAGAAUUUGAAAGCAGAUCUUAAGUCUAAAAAUCUUCAGGUGAUUCAUCAUAAUACAAACAACUUAGGUCGCUCAAAAGAGGAAUUUUUAGAAACAAAUGGGCCAGUUUUAGCAUCAGCCUCUAAUGUAAUUGUUAUUGUAACAGAAGAUGCAUCCAAAUCACCAUUUGUUUUUCAUGAAGUUCUUUUUGCUGACUGGUUAGGGAAGAAAAUUGUGACUGCUAUGUUUAAAAAUGUAUGGAAUACGUUAAGACCAUCUCUAAGGGCAGUUCUGGGAGAUUGUCCAGCUGUAGACUUUGAAACCAAAAUGUAUGCCGAGAGUCUUGAAAUUCUGGAACAUAGCAUCAAGCCAUUGAGAAGAGUUCCAGGAGUUGUCCUUGAGCAAACUUAUCUGAACAAAAUGGCAGAUGGUCUAAAACCGCUAGAGAGUCUGGUUCAUUCAAGAAGUAGAACAAUAUCAACAGCUCCUGUAUUCAGAAAAAAUCCACAAGUAUUUAUUUCUUACCAAUGGGACAUGCAAACAAAAGUCACAGAGAUCAAGAAAGUUCUAGAAAGUGCAGGUUUUAGCUGUUGGGCGGACAUCUCUUUGACCACAGACUGGCAUGGACAUAGUAGCUACAGCACCAGGUCAUCGGCCAACUCCUACACAGAGUCCACUCUUGACACACUACAGAGCCAAAUUCAGCGAACCAUGAAGACAUGCCAGGUUUUUUUGUGCUUAAUCACCCCGAAAUAUCUCCAAAGUGAUCACUGCGCAAAAGAGAUUGCCUUAGCAGAUGCUUUCCAAAAGCCAAUUAUUCCCUUGUUGUUGAAGUAUGUCCCUGCUGAAACUGCAAAGUCGUUUAUAAGGAAGGUUCUUUUGCGAUACAAUUAUGUCGAUUUGAGCAACGACAGGUUGUAUAAACAAAAUAUUGGAUUGUUAGUUGAGAGGGUACGGAGGUCAGUUGAUGGAAUACCUGUGAGGUAAUUCUUUUUAAAA